GCUUCAGUUCACUUUAAUUCGACUAAAUCGUUUCGUUGCACGCAUCCUAAGUGCAAGUUUACUUCGACAUAAUGGCGUUUAAGAUGGUUGCCCUGUUUGCCACCCUGGCCUGUGCCAGCGCUGGCUACAUUGAAGCUGAUCACCAUUCGGCCCACUACUCCCCAGCUUCGGCCGUCAGCUACAGCUCGAUCACCCGUGAGCACCACCCGGCAAAGGUUGCCAAGACCGUAACCUACGCUGAACCGGCUGUUCACUACGCUGCCCCAGUUACUAAGACCGUAUCGUACACUGCACCAGCUGUCCACUAUGCUGCUCCAGUUACCAAGACCCUAGCCUAUGCCCAACCUGCUGUGCACUACGCUCAGCCAGCUGAGCACUAUGCCCAGCCAGCUGUGCAUUACGCCGCCCCAGUCACCAAGGCCGUCACCUAUGCCCAACCAUCGGUCCAGUACGUCAGCAAGGGAUACCAGGUUCAUGAGCCAUCCUACACCAAGACUAUUGUUUCCCAGCCUAGCUACGCCAAGACCUAUGUGCACCAGCAGCCAGCCGUUGUCAAGACCUAUGCCGCUGAGCCAGUGUAUCAUGCUGCCAAGACCGUGUACAGUGCCCCAGUUGCCAAGACCUACGUAUCCGAACCCGUCUACGCCAAGACCUAUGCCUCCGAGCCAGUCUAUGCCAAGACCUAUGCCUCCGAGCCAGUCUACGCCAAGACCUAUGCCUCCGAGCCAGUCUACGCCAAGACCUAUGCCUCCGAGCCAGUCUACACUAAGACCAUUGUACAGCAGCCAACCUAUGUCAAGACUGUUGCCGCCCAGUCCGUGUAUGCUCAUGCUGCCCCAGUUGUUGCCGCCAAGACCGUGAGCUAUGCACCAGAAGCUUCGGUUUCCCAUGUUAGUUUCCAGGAUGCCAGCGCGCACUACGCUUGGUAAAUACAGUGAAGAUGCUUUUCCAGCACUCAGGUAGGGUGGUAGAGGAAGUGACCGAUGUGUACAUACAUAAACCAACAACCGCCGAUUAUGUUGAACGAU